AUGAUGGUGGAAACCAUGCUGGAGUCCUCACAGGACUUUGGCAUGUCCAACGGUGCUCUGCCACAAUGGAAACGCGAGGUGUUGCAGCGGCGAGCCGCGCGGUCCCGUACGGGCGUCGCACCACCCGCAACAUCUCCGCCGCCGCCCCCACCGGCCCCCGCCGACGACGACGAGGAGCUGCGCUACGGACCCGGCAUCGUCAACCGCCUCAAAUCGCGCUACUUGAGCCUGGCUUUGCGAGACGCGCCGCGGCGUCGACCUUCCGUGUUACGGCGCGCGGCCAGCUUGGAGCAUCUCCUGGAAGAACGGCCCCCUCCCGUGCCUUGCGCCCGCCCUACGACACACCCGCGGCCCCCGCGUCCUCAGUCUAUGGCCGCCCCGCCGGUCCAGCCCGCGCCCGCUCAGCGCCGCGACUCAGUGAAACGCGCGCGUUCCGUGGACGCGCUCAGCCGAUUAGAAUCCCGCCAGGAAUCCCGCGCGACCUUCUCCUCUCCGCCGCCGCCGCCGCCGCCCCCAAUCGCGACUCGGCCCCCUCAGCCCCAGACGAGAUCGGCUCGCACUCCUCGACGUCCAACCCCUCUGCUGCGGGAGACCGAGCGGCCCCCGCCGGACGUCGUCCGAUCGACGCUUCGCAAAUUCGAGAGCGCGCCGAUCCGACGCACGACACCUUCCGGCCGCGUGUCCGCCGCAUUGCGCGAUCUAGAGGGUCCUCGCACCUCUACGCCCGAGCCGCGCGAUUUCGCCGAGGGCCCGCCGCUCAGUCCUCGCACACCCAGCCCACUGCCCCCCACGGAAGUGGCGCCCGUGGUGGCGCCGAGCCCCAUGGUGGUAUCCGCAUCCGCAUCCGCGUCAGCAUCGAACGGCGGGAUGACGGUGGGCCUCGUAUCCGCACCCAGGUCAUCGCCGACAAUACAAGAUGAGUCGCUUCAGGACGGAACAGCUGAUGGUGCCCGACCCGCAACAGGUGGAUCUCGCCCGGUAUCGCGCGCUGCGUUAGAAGGCAUCGCACGUGCCGGCUCCACGGUGCGAUAUGUUUUCGAAGCACCUCGUGCCGGUUCACAUCUUCCACCCCUUGCUGCCACGAAUCAGGUGCUUGUCGGCCGAGCACGUCGCAUAGGUGUAAUUAGACCGAUGCCGGCGCGAACUUCAGAUACCGCAGAGAGAGAGCAGUCCCUUGAAGACAUCGAUGAGAAAACUCCCGAAAGGCUCGUGUCUCCAGCGGCACCCUCCUCGCCGCCACCAGUCGAGAACGAUGUUCCACCUCCGAGCCGUAUCGAACGCAAAGAGCCACCUCCGGCAGCGCUAGUAGAACCGAUACCUCGUACACCACCAGACGUCCAACGUGCCGCUACGCCCCCGCGCAGCCCACCACCGCCCCUCAUCAUCGAACGCAGCCCCAGCCCAAAGAUAAAAUCCAAGUCUAACACGAUUAAUGGUGGAACACUGACGAAUGGGCACUCCGGCUUAGAGCGAACGCCAGAAGCCAAGGGUGCAGUCUCUCGUAUGGCAUCGGCAGGUAUCGAGCGAGCAUGGAGUGGCUCAGGUGAGAAGAAACUCGUGGACGCAAAGGAGAAGACUGUGACCACAGUGCCGUGGGCGCGGACCACAACGGGCGACAACUCGACGGCGAGGCGCCCUCGCGUUCCACCGCCCUCAUCUACGUCGGUUGUGUUCAACUUCUCCAACCGUAAGGAAGUGCCGGACUACAUCGAAAACGACGGCAUCAUCCUCCGCGGCAGCCGCAGAAACAGGAUCAAGCCCGGUGAGCCUGGCGUGGUGGUCCUCCGGCCCGAGGCGCUGGUGCGGUCCGACUCUGACUCCGAGACAGAAACGGACGGAGGCCCGCCCUCACCGUGCACGGUGCGCUUCAUUAACGACAACGUGCUCAUCAACGGCAAGUCCUCGAUGCCUGGGAAACCUAAUAAGGAUCGUGUAGCCAAGCUGAAGCUACAAUUCGACGACUCUCUCACCCGCACCUUCGAGUAUCCGUCGGAAAUAUCACUUUGCGAGGAUUCUCCCUCAACUCCUCCUCCAGCGAACGACGCUGCGCACUCGCCACAAUUGGCCGAGUCAGCACACCACGCGCCGCUCGCCGCCAACACGCAUAUAGCGUCGGCGGCGCUCUCCAGCUAUACGCCGAGCAAGACCGUGGCGGACUCCUUCCAGUUGGGGGUCACGAGACACGACAACAUCGACACCAAAAAGAACACAACACCGCCGGAGGAGGAAGAAUGCGUUCUGGAGGAAGAGGGUGUGGACGGGGCGGGUGCGGGUGCGGGGGCGGAGGGGGACGCGCGGCCGUGCGGCGCCGACGCGGCGCGCUCGUGGAGCGAGGCGCGCACGCUCACCACCGACCUGCUCUUCUAG